GUGAGUUCUGUAGUUCAAUAUUUCUAUGAUAUGUAUAGCUGAUAUAUCUUCUGGAAGGUUAUAUUUGUCUUCUAGAUUUCUAAUAGCCCAAGAAGAUUGAAAUUCUGAACUUAAUACCGGAAUUGGAACAGACAGGCUAGCCCAGAAUACAAAUAACAGAUAAGAAAUGCUGCAUAGCUUGAAGGAUUCCAUUGUCUGCCGAUUGAGGAACUAUGAGGAUUCUUUCUGUUAUAGGUCAGGAAAUGACAAUUUCUGUUGCAAGCAAUGGGAAGAUCAGGUGAACAGGUGUUGGCGAAAUUUGAGGUUCCCGAGAAAAUCAAUACAUGCUCCUAGCAGCCAAAUCCAUAUAGGCGACCCACACCACCAAAAAACUACCAGAUGCAUUUCGCCAUUGAACACAAUUGCGGAUAAUUCUGCUACCCAGUCCAUCACUCAUGUCAUAUUCGACAUGGACGGCCUGUUACUUGACACGGAGAAAUUUUAUAAUGAAGUUCAAGGAAUGGUACUAGCUAGAUACAAUAAAACUUUUGACUGGUCUGUGAGAGCAAAAAUGAUGGGGAUGAAACCUAUAGAAUCUGCUAGGGUCUUUGUUGAAGAAACUGGAAUAAGUGACUUCCUCAGUGCAGAGGAGUUUCUUAUCGAAAGAGAAGAAACGCUGCGGAAAUUGUUCCCGACAACUGAUCUAAUGCCUGGGGCUAGUCGUCUGAUCAGGCAUCUACGUGCAAACAAUGUACCAAUAUGUGUGGCGACAGGUUCUAGCAAACACCAUGUUAAAUUAAAAACACAAAGACACCGGGAACUGUUCUCUUUGAUGCAUCAUAUUGUCAGUGGUGAUGAUUUAGAAGUUAAACAAGGCAAACCAGCACCAGAUAUUUUCCUUACAGCUGCCAAAAGAUUUGAGGGUGGGCCAGCAGAUCCAACAAAAAUUCUCGUUUUUGAGGAUGCGCCUCUUGGAGUCCUUGCAGCCAAGAAUGCAGGAAUGUCUGUGGUUAUGGUUCCAGAUCCAAGGCUAGAUAGCUCUUAUCUUAAUACUGCAGACAAAGUUCUGAAGUCUCUGUUGGAUUUUCAACCAGCUGACUGGGGUCUUCCUCAUUUUGUAGAUGGAAUAGCCAAAAUAGCCUAAUUAGUCAUAAGAUACUAAUGUGGUUGGCUCUUUGAUCUGAGAGACUAGCAUGUAUUAGAAGGCCUGGAGGCCUUCAUGAUGUGUUUGGUUAGCGAUGAAGGAAUAAAAAUGAUUUGUAAUCAUAUUUAUACAGCAUAUAGUAUAUAAAAAUUGUCAAUGCACCUCAGAAUUCAAGUAAUUUGGUUUUUCAUUAUAGUGUAACUGUACCGAUGAAAAUUUUGUAUCGAUACAAGUUUUUAUCAUAUUGAAAAUGGUGAAAUAUCA